AUGUCCAGGAAACUACCCAACAUCAUCGUCACGGGCACGCCGGGCGUGGGCAAGACGACGCACUGCGAGGCGCUGGCGCAGAGGACGGGGCUGCGCCACCUCUCCGUCAACCAGGUCGUCAAGGACAAGGGGUGCCACGAGGGCUACGACGACGAGUACCAGAGCUGGAUCGUGGACGAGGACAAGCUCCUGGACGCGAUAGAGGACGAUGCCAAGGAGGGCGGGUGCAUCAUUGACUGGCACGCUUGCGAUCUGUUCCCCAGGAGCUGGAUCGACCUGGUCGUCGUCUUGAGGGUUGACUCGGAGACGCUCUACGACCGGCUUGCGGAGAGGAAAUACCCGGAAAAGAAGAUGCAGGAGAACAUCGACUCGGAGAUCAUGGAGGUGCUGCUGCAGGAGGCGCGGGAGUCGUACGACGAGGAGAUUGUGGUCGAGCUGACCAGCAACACGUCGGACGAGAUGGAGAGCAACGUGGACCGGAUCGAGGCGUGGCUGAGGCAGUGGAAGGAGGACAACCAGGCGUCAUGA